GCCCGACCGACGUUCAACUCCAACGAGGGAUCUUUCUUCGCAUUGGGCGAUUUAGACUCUCCGACCUGGGCCAAUUUCUUGGAGCGCGUCACCGAGGUCACAGAUAGCUUCGCCGGGGUCCAGUUCCGAGAUAUGGGAGAUCACGUUUUGGUGGGCACCGCGGCGGCCCAGGCGCUGAUGGGGGAGCCAGACCCGAAGAAUCUCCAGCAGGCAUUCGAGGAGAAAGGUUCCCAGGUGCGCGCCAAGCACGAGAGAGAACUGCCCCGCGCGAGCGGGGUCGGAGGCCGAGUCAGGCCGAUAGCGAAGGCAGCUGUCCCACUGUCCUUUGGCCGUUGCGGGGCGCUGGAGUUCCUGGUGCUUCGCGCCCCCGCCCUCUUCCGAUCCCGGCCGGCGAACGUGGUUCACUUCGACGGGGACCCAGAGACGACAGCGAAGAUGGAAAAGUUGGCUUCCGGGCGUAGAUCGAUGUGUCUGAUCGGCAGGGGCGUGAAGGAGUUCAGGUUGCAUCCUGAUCUGGCCAGGAAGUUUCCCAGCAUCGCGAGGCCGGAGUCGGGGGGGAGUGCGUCCUGGAUGACGAGCCGGAGAGGCAGCUGGGAGAUCAUGACUGGCCGAUUGCGGCUUCACCACGUCAAGCCUCGGCGGCAUCUGACGAACAAGGAAGACCUGCAGAAUGUUCCAGCCCCCCUCGACCGGCUGACCGGGCGCCGCGCUGCCUGCUGCAAGUUCCAGGACGCCAGCGACCACUGGGUAGAAUGCUACUUCGAGGGCGACUGGAAGCAGGGACCGGAGGACGUGAAGACGCAUGCCUACUGGAUUGGAUUUUCCGACUUCUACUUGGAGAAAG